UUUUUUUUUUUCAAAGACAUGCAGGGAGGAAACCAUUUUCUGCAACAGUCCUUGAUGCCAGGCUUUCUCAGCCUUGGCCUUUUCCCUUCCUCAUUCCUGCCAUCCACACUCACACUGUCUAAGACGUCCUCAAGAUCAGAAAAAACGCCUUUGCGCCGCAGAUCUUAUCCCCACUGGGGGGUUGCAUCACGCUGAGGCUGACUUGAGAGAAUUGUUCUAGAAGCGGGGCUGUUUGCGGGGAUUAUUUCAGCGUGGCUGUGGGUGUCAUGCACGAUGCUUCUGUCAUGCUUCCAUUCCUUCUUUCGAGUUUCCUUUCUUGGCUAAGGUUUCUGGGGUCUUACUGGGAUCCAGGACCAACUCAAGGCACCGAGAUAAGACGUCUUGGUUAUUGGGCGGAUGAUCACGCAGUGACGUUUAUGAUGAUAUAUGAGGUCGAUCCUAUUUAUUAGAGGCUGGUGUUAUUUACAUAGACGGUGGGAGUUUUGUUCGUUCUGUACAGUCUUGGUUUCUGGCGCAUUUAGAGGAUCUCUUUUUCUGUAUACACCCUUGUUGUAUCUUACAUGUACAUAUGGUCCCAUGAUACCUACAGUGUCCUACCUCGGAAAUGUUUGA